AACAAACGUCAAUGUCAAACUAAUCAGAUGUCAAAAAAAUAAAAAAAGGUUUUCAGAAAAUAAAUAAACAAGAGGUCGAUAGUCAUGGAUGCAUUACGAUUAUUCAAUAAACUUCUCAAGGAUUUAUAAUUCUAAUUGAAUUCUUGUUAGAAGCACUGUAAAACCUUGGAAGAUGGUCAGCAAAGAUUCAACAAGUUUGUGUAGAAUUUGUUUGCAGGAUGGAGCUACAAUUCCAAUAUUUGAAAAUACUGAACAAGAAGAUAAUAUCCUUACAAAGCUUAUAUUUUGUCUACAUACCGAUAACUUAGAAGACGUCGAAGGAUAUCCACGUCAUAUAUGUGAAGUGUGCAAUACUACACUAGAAACCGUAUUUAAUUUUAUUACUAAGUUUAGAGAAUCUUAUAAGGUAUUACAAAAUGGCCUAAUGAUUGUGAAGAAGGAAAAUCACAGUGAAACUAGUAAUGAUGUGACAGAGUUGGAAAUAGAUAUUAAAAGAAUUAAGACUGAAUCAGAGAACGACUUUGACGAUGGUUUUGAUGAUUUAGAAGACUCAUUACCAUUAAAAGUUAGCAAGGAGGUUAAAAAGGAACCAAUUAAAAAAGGACCAAGAUCUCAGAGAACUAAAACUCAAACUGGUAACAGGACUAAUAAAAUAGCAUCUUCUAUAUUAGAAGGCAACUUUCAUUGGAAUGGUGACAUAUGGUGUAUGAAAAUAGGGGACACAACAUUAAAAAAAAUAGAUAGCCAUGAUAAAAAAGCUUCUAAGGCUAGGCCACAGAUGAAAAUCAAAGUGCCUGCACAUGCUGUGAAACCUUCAACAGAGAAACUUUGUGAUCUCUGUGGUGAUGUAUUUAGAAACAAUGACCGACUUGCAAACCAUAAGAAAAGUGUGCACUUUAAAAAACCUGUGAAAUGCCCAAAGUGUCCCAGGAUCUGUGUAUCAGACUACUAUUUAAAUAGACAUAUUAAAAGGAAACAUGAGCUUCACAGAGAUUUUAUAUGCUCAACAUGUGGCCAAGGUUUUGCAUAUAAAGGGGAGUUGUCCAGCCAUUUUAGAAAUGUACAUGAUAAGUUGUCAAGGCCAAAGAAGGUAUAUUCUUGUAAAUUUUGUGAUAAGACCUAUAAAUGUGCUAAGUCUAUUAUUAUACAUGAAAGAUCUGUACACACAGGUCAAAGACCAGCAGAGUGUACAGUCUGCAACACAAGUUUCUUUCAUGAAGAUUAUCUUAAGGAGCAUAUGCGGUUACACACAGGAGAAACGCCUUUCAAAUGUCCGAUAUGCGGCCGCGGAUAUGCACAGAGAGGCAACAUGAAGAGCCAUCUUCGCAUACACCGAUUAUCUGAAUUAGACGCGGUUACCCUAAGUAAAAUGAGACCAAACUAUUUAAAGCUGCUAAAAGUGUAAUUGUUAUUUUAUUCUAAUUAUAACUGUUAUGUCACAGAUACUAUGUGAACAGAUUUACGUUUUAUCUGUUAAUUCUAUUUGUUAUUAUGAAUAUAAAAUUUUGUUCUGUGAUUUGGGGGUCAUAUCAUAAGAUUUUGUUAGAAAGAAAAUAUUUGAGUUAAGUGCCAUGGGAAAAUGAGUGAAUAAGAAGACUAUACAUGCUACACACUAUAUUAAAUAUCAUUUUAUACUAAGAGAUAAAUUUAGUUAUAUCUGACAACGAAUUACUUACAAAAACCGACCUUACGUCUUUAUAAUAAAGGCGAUUUUUAAGUGUUUCGAUUUAUAAAUCGCAAAUUGCUUAAAAUUGCCUGCUUGCAUGUCAGUUAUGGCUGCAAAAUCCUUCCCUCCUUUAACACGGUUGGGUAAAAUGUAGCUUAUUUAGACAUUAACCUACACAAUAUACAAAUAGCACUCACAUACUUUCGCAUUUAUACUAAGACCUAUUAAAACUGUCAAAGAGUUGUUCAGUAACUGUUAAGAUGUGCUUUAAUAUUGAAUUCAGGAUUUUUAAUUUUUCGCCUAAUGUUGCAUCUAAGUUAUCAAGUUAUGUCUUUAAAUUAUAAUUUUAAGUGGGUUGAAUUGUUACAUUUAUGAAUGUUUUAAUCACAUGUUUGA